ACGGCAGCUUUCCCGGAAGCAGACGUCGCAGCAACUCGAGAGCUCGAAACAUGACUCCCAAGCAGCAACUUCCACGCGUGGCGGCGGUGCUUAGCAGCCUGACCUUCCUCCAGACGAUCCCCCCCGCGGCCGCGUACGAUGCGGGCGACGCGGUGGCUCUGCUGCUGGGAACUGUCGUCGCCAUGGUGGGGUUCUGCGCCUGCCUGGGCUGGUACGCACGGAAGCGGAACAGACUGCUUUGAGGAAAGAGCGACCGCAUGCUCCUACGCUUGUCCUUUCUCUUUACCUGGCAACACAUUGCUGGGAAUACUUUAAACAUAUAUGCGACAAUAACCUCCGUCCUUUGUGGAUGUUUUGGGACAAUGUUUGGCUGAAACUGACAGAUAAACUCAUGAACGGUAGUGAGCACGUGACCGGAAACACGUCGCGGAGAAGAAGCGUAAGUCCGGAAGUAGGACUUAAUAACAAGCUGCGCUGCUGUUUAAAAAGGGGACAAUCACUGUCGUUGCUUCUAUAUGAAUACAUGUAUUCUGCUCAAGAUGUUUAUUUUUUAUUUUCCUCAUCUCCGUUGCUAAAUGCUUGGCCAAUUGUGAGGACUAUCACUACUCCGGUCAAAAUAAAAUCAUUCAAAAACAUGG